GGAAGAGGGUAUAAAUUCUGAAUCCUCUUGGUGGAUUGAAAUUAAAAUACUUUUAUAUUCCCGUGUGACAAGUCAGUUCAGCUAUGAGUCGUUCAAUUAUAUUGUGCUUCUUUGCUGUCGUUGUGACAGCAUUGGUGAUAUGUGUGGGCAGCACUCAAGGGGAGGAUCAGUUCACGGCGACAGCUAGAGAAAUGAUGCGUAUUUACGGUGGCCACUCCGUCAGUAAAGCAACCAAGCAGCAGUAUCUGAAUCGCCUGGCUAACUUUUACCAGCACAAUCGUCAGCGUAUUCAAUUCACUGCCCAGGAAAGACGUCAAGCCGACGAGCUGCUGGCGAGGUACCAACGGGCGAAGGCCUCUACUGUCCUUGUGGAUGGAGUGCCAGCCCAAGGAGGAGCUGCUGUGGCACUUCUUCUUCCGCUGGCUGUUGAAGGAGCCACCCAACUAGUCAAGUUAGGAAUUAAUCAUUUCACAUCAUCCGCCGGCGGAGUUGAGAUAAAUCGUGGUGUUGCCAUUUUCGGGUUGGCUUUUAUUAUGAUGUGCUAUUUCUUCAGAUCUAAGUCGUUGUAGGACAAUGCCUGCUAAAAUACCGACCUUGGUCCCUGUAUUGAACUCUGUCUUGAUGAAUACUAAAGCAAAUCAUUGAAUCUGAACAUUUGUAGUAGUUAUGAUCUACAUAAGAAGUUAUUUUGUUUAUGGAAUAUUUUACCAUGUUUUGUUUGUUAUUUAAACGAUUUCUUGUCUGCUAAAUAUCAAAUGAAACAAUGAAUAUAUAGGAUAUUAUCCAUAUCAUUACCAUAACCAUAGUUAAAUAUAUUGUUUAUUGUUACCUUAACAGAAAAUGAAACUUAAUUCGG